GAUGAACAAAAUAGUCACCAAGAGAAUCCAUGAAUGAAAUAAUUAAUUACAGCUCCUGCUGGAGAAGACAGAUGAAAAACAGCCUUGAGGAAAAAGAGCUGAGAACUGCAAAUUGAAAAGGUAGGAAAACAAUUAGGAGUCACAUGGCUAGCUCCCUCCUUCAAUUAGGGAGCUAAGGGGGCAGCUCUCACUCUGGAAUAAAUGAAGAAACCUGGGUGAACCCGAACCAGAUCUACAAGGAGGAAGAGACAGGUAGGGGGUGGGGAGCAGAACAGGAGCACAGACUCCGGCAGGAAACUACCCCAAUGGAGCGCUUUGUCCAAGUUCCUUACAGCUUCCAGCAAGGCUAUGGGAGCACACUGCCUUUGAGCCACCCUGGCCUCUGGAGUCACUGUAAACAGCAAGACUGGAGGCAAAACGUGGGUCCUCCUGUUUUCCUAGCCAGGCCAGGGCCUACAGUACCAGCAAAUGCCUCUGAGUCCUGCAUGUACCCUUACAAGAGGGCUCAGCUUCAGGCCAUUCUCACCCAGAUGAACCCCAACCUGAGUCUACGGCUAUGCAAGGCCAACACUAAAGACGUGGCUGUACAGGUGAGCCUUCGGGUGGACAAGUCGGUGCAGUGCUCACUGGGGCCUCAGACCCUAUACAGCAGCUCCCUCUGGGACAGAACCAGCCUCAGGAAGCCCGCAGAAGCUUACUGGAGGAGAGCCUUGAUCCGGCUACCCAAGGAUGAGGAACACAGAGAAAGCCAAGAGCUUACGGGAUGUGCAGAGGCCAGUCCACAUACAUCAAAGCCAGACGGUGACAAGCAGGAGAGCCUCUUACAGCUGAAGGAAGUCGAGGAGGAAGAUACCCCCAGCCCUCGGGACAGGAAAAGCAAGCUGUUUUUGGAACCAAAAUACGGCUAUUUUCACUGUAAAGAUUGUAAGACCAGAUGGGAGAGUGCUUACGUGUGGUGCAUCUCUGGUACCAAUAAAGUUUAUUUCAAACAACUCUGUUGCAAGUGCCAAAAGAAAUUCAAUCCUUACCGAGUAGAAGCAAUCCAGUGUCAGACCUGCUCAAAAUCCUGUUGUUCCUGUCCUCAGAAGAAAAGACACAUUGAUAUCAGGAGGCCACAUCGCCAGGAGCUUUGCGGUCGCUGCAAAGACAAGAGAUUCUCCUGUAGCAAUGUUUACAUCCUGUGA